AUGGUCGAGCUACUUCGGGCACGCAGAACAGUGCAACGUUACGCACGCGCUAUACGCAGUGUUUUGAAUCCUGGCACAAUACGGUACACGAUAUCGGAUAUGGUAACUUCAGAGUUUGAUGACCAGGAUCUGGUGCGUAUGCGAGGUGAAGCCGCUUUGGUCGUCUUGGAGGCCUUGUCUGGUAAGGUUUUUGUUGAAGAUUCUGUGGAGACUGAUCCGAGCGGAAAUAACCUGUGCUUUUUACUGUUCGGCUUCAAGCUCGGUGCUGACGGUAUGAGCCAGUUAUAUGAGAUUGAAUCGCAACCAACCGGUUUUCAUCAAGUGCUUUCUGUGCUGGAGCAGUUUAUCGGAUCUCAAAAUCCUUUCCAACUUCAGUUCUCCUCGCUUAUCGAGCCGUCAUUCCGAUUGUUGCAACGAUUGGUCUCAGUAGAUUGCGUCUACUCACAAGCGGUGCUCCGCUUUGUUCGCUCGAUCAACUUGAUACAACAACUUGUUGCUUCUCCGUUUUUGUCAACGACUUUGUCGCAGGAUGCAGCGGAUGGACCAACUCUGCUUUCCGUAACGCGUAUGAUCUCCGGAUCAAUAUUGCAUCUGGCAGCUCUUGAGGUUUCAUCACUUCUGAAAUCAGGACAUUUCAACAUCCCGUAUGAGAUGUACAGCACCUUGCUUGAGACAUCAGAUGCCGUUUCGAAUAGUGACGAAGCGUCAGAAGACGUGACAAACUUGUUGUUCAGUUUGCUACGUCAUGGUCGCAUCGAAUUGACUGAAGAGAUUGAAUAUCCUCGCUUAGUCCACUUCAAUGCUCAUAAGCUGCAAACGCUGUUUGACACUUGUAAAACGACAACGGUCUUCAAUAUUGCUCAAUAUGACAUUGAGUAUCUUCAUGAGCUCUUGACUCGUGAGAUCGUUAGCACUCAAGCCGAGGACACUACUGCUGUGACAAGGGAGAUGGAGGCGGUCUUAACAUAUGGUACUGAUGUCAACGCUCAGCUACUACAACGUGGCGCUUCAGAACAGCUGGUCUCUGGGUGUACCGCUCUGCUGAACGUGAUGGCUUUGUUUGCUCCAGUUCCAUUCUUUUCGAAUGGUUUGUUGCCUUCAUGGGACUAG